AGCCUCGGCCGGAUCAUGUCAAGCGGUUCUGCGGAUUAUAACAGGCUAGUGGGCUAUUUGUUCAGCCGCUUUUGGGAGCAAUUUGCAGCGAACUUUUUUAAAAGCAUCUUCUGCCUGAAAUACGUCCUAGAUCAGAAUCAAAUUAGUAAGAUCUGUUUCUCUAGAGACAGAGAUCAUGGAGGACCCGAAGGAAUGGAGCCUGAUGGUGUCAUUGAGAGCAAUUGGAACGAAAUUGUUGACAAUUUCGAUGAUAUGAACUUAAAAGAAACUCUCCUGAGGGGUAUCUAUGCUUACGGUUUUGAAAAGCCAUCAGCGAUUCAGCAAAGAGCAAUCAUUCCUUGCAUUAAAGGGUAUGAUGUCAUUGCUCAGGCACAGUCUGGAACUGGCAAGACUGCCACAUUUGCCAUUUCUAUACUACAACAGCUGGAGAUAGACCAGAAGGAGACUCAGGCUUUAGUCCUGGCUCCAACUCGAGAGCUGGCUCAACAGAUUCAAAAAGUAAUUCUAGCUUUGGGUGAUUAUAUGGGUGCCACAUGUCAUGCUUGUAUUGGUGGUACAAAUGUUCGUAAUGAGAUGCAGAAACUUCAAGCAGAGGCUCCCCAUAUUGUUGUUGGCACACCAGGAAGAGUAUUUGACAUGCUGAACAGGCGAUACCUGUCUCCUAAAUGGAUCAAAAUGUUUGUGCUGGAUGAAGCUGAUGAAAUGUUAAGCAGAGGCUUCAAGGAUCAAAUCUAUGAGAUUUUCCAAAAGCUUAGUACAAACAUUCAAGUUGUUCUCUUGUCUGCUACAAUGCCAGCAGAUGUAUUAGAAGUGACCAAAAAGUUUAUGCGUGAUCCAAUCCGGAUCCUUGUGAAAAAAGAGGAGCUUACACUUGAAGGCAUCAAACAGUUCUACAUUAAUGUGGAGAGAGAGGAAUGGAAGCUGGAUACUCUUUGCGACUUGUACGAGACUCUGACAAUCACCCAGGCUGUCAUUUUCUUGAAUACAAGAAGGAAGGUUGACUGGUUAACAGAAAAGAUGCACGCUAGGGACUUUACUGUUUCUGCGUUGCAUGGAGAUAUGGACCAGAAAGAACGAGAUGUCAUCAUGAGGGAAUUCAGAUCAGGUUCUAGUCGUGUCUUGAUAACAACUGACUUAUUGGCACGUGGAAUUGAUGUGCAGCAAGUAUCUUUAGUUAUUAAUUAUGAUCUUCCUACCAAUAGAGAAAAUUACAUACACAGAAUUGGUCGGGGUGGUCGUUUUGGCAGAAAAGGAGUUGCCAUUAACUUUGUUACUGAAGAGGACAAGAGAAUACUUCGUGAUAUUGAGACUUUCUACAAUACUACUGUGGAGGAAAUGCCAAUGAAUGUUGCUGAUCUGAUUUAGUCCCUUGGAGAUUGUCGAAUGCAGUGCUCGCUGUUGCUGAAUAAACAGAUGUGCAUUUUGCUUUUGGAAGAAUAUUGAAAAAUAUUGAAUCUUGUCUCAAUGCUGAAAUCGGAUUCAAAAUACACAUUUUCUUUGACAAGUAAAGCGACUUUUGUCGCAAGCUCUUGUGGGGAGAGCCUUAGGCCUUGUCCUCUAAACAGAAUUAGACUGUUGGGGUGGGGAAAUAAACCAUGGGGUCUACAGAUAUUUUCUUUAAAUAUUUUUUUCUUUGUUUAAUAGAAGUAUUUGUAUUAGAUGUUCUUUACCAUUUAAUUAUUUACUUGUGGACUAAAAGAUAUAAGUGCUGUAUUAAAUCUGCCAAUUAUGUUAAACUAACAUAUUUACAAUUACUGUAAAGAAAGAUUGUUGGAUAGCCUUUAAAAAUUGUGAAGCACUUUUCUACUCGUUUGUUUGUGGGUAUAUUUAUUUAAUAAACUAUUUAAUCGGAUCUGUUGUGUUCAAGCCCUCAUUUUCAGUGGGCUAAACAAAAUUUUGAGGCACUUAACCCUUGUCAAGGAUGUUGGUGUUUACAAAAAUGGUGGUUUAUUUUUUAAAUGCAUUAAAGGGAUGCACAAAUCCAAUUCUUCCAAUUUAACAUGUAGCAAUUUCAUUUACAGUACUUGUAUCUUUAAGUCAAUGCCACUUCCAUUAAUUGUAAUGAUUUCUUAUUACACUUGUUCUGAAGUGCAUGUGCAAUAAAUUACCACACUUGUGUGUACAUGCUUGCGUUUUGAGAAUUAUUGCUUGAUUGGGGCGGUAAGUCUACUAAACUUCCCUCAUGCAUUAAUAAUGCAGGAGUAAUGUAUAUAAUGGAAGUGGCAUGAUCUAACAGUCUUUGUAUCAGAAAAGACCAUUUCUAUACAAAGUUCUUGGGGAUAAUGGACAAGAACAAAUACACUAAUGAAUUCUGA